AUGGCGGGACCGUCACUAGAGAUCCUCGAUCAUGGAAGAGAUGUAGAGGGAUAUGCUACCUUCCAAGUGUCCCAUCGCUCUGGAAACACAUCCAUGUUCGAGAUGGCUUCCAGUGAGACCCGCGCUCUGUUGGAUUCGGAAAUUGGUGAUGGCGCCAUUCCGCUAGCUACUGCUAUGGACACAGCACAUACCGAAUAA